AUGACUGAUAAAUAUGUUAAUGAUCAUGUCAUUAAUGAUUUAGAAACCAAUUCAAAACAUUCAGAUGAUCAUGAAGAACCAAUAAUUUCAAAAGCUUUACCUUCAGAAGUUUCUACAAAAAAGCAAAAAACAAGAGGUGUUUUAAAAAUUGAAGCUUAUUCAAAAUAUUAUCAACAUCCUUUUUAUAAAUUAUUAUUAUUUUUUUCAGUUUUCUUAAUUGCUUAUACUUAUGGUUUAGAUUCAUCGGUUCGUUCUGUUAAUUUAGCUUAUGCUCAAUCUUCAUACUCUACACAUUCUUUAUUAUCAACAGUUAAUUGUAUCCAAGCAGUCAUUGCUGCAGCUGGUCAAUUAGCAUUUGCAAGAAUUAGUGAUGUUUUCGGUAGAUUAACUUUAAUCUUUAUCGUUGUUAUAUUUUAUGUUAUGGGUACUAUAAUCGAAUCACAAGCAACAAAUGUUCAAAAAUUUGCAGCAGGUGCAGUUUUUUAUUCUUUGGGUUUAACUUCAUUAUCAUUAAUGCUUGAAGUUAUUACAUCUGAUUUUUCAAAUUUAAAUUGGAGGGUUGUAGCAAGUUUUGUUGUUGCAUCACCUUUUAUUAUUAAUACUUGGGUUUCUGGUAAUGUUCAAACUGCAGUUGGUGGUAUGAAUUGGAAAUUUGGUAUUGGUAUGUGGGCUUUCAUUUUACCAUUGGCUUGUAUCCCGUUAGUAUUAUGUAUGUUACAUAUGCAAUAUUUAGCUAGAAAAAAUGGUGAUUUAGCCAAGAUUAAACAAGAAACAAAAGCUCAAUGGGAAGAUGCUGGUUGGAAAAAAUUUCUUAUUGAAACUUUUUUUUGGGAUUUAGAUCUUGUUGGAUUAAUUUUAACAAUUUUAACAUUUGGUUUAAUCUUAGUUCCUUUCACAUUAGGUGGUGGAUUAAAAUCUGAAUGGAAACAUGCUAAAAUUAUUGUACCAGAAGUUUUAGGUUGGUGUUUAGCAUUACCAUUAUUUAUCUUAUGGGAAUCGAAAUAUGCUAGAGUACCAAUUUUCCCAGGUUAUUUAUUCAAAGAUCGUGGUAUUUUUGCAGCUUUAGCAAUGGCUGUUUUAAUUAAUUUUAUUUGGUAUCAACAAGGUGAUUAUAUGUAUACUGUUUUAGUUGUUGCAAAUAAUGAAUCAGUUAAAUCAGCAACAAGAAUUGUUCAAUUAUAUUCAUUCACUUCAGUUAUCGUUGGGUUUGUUGUUGGUGUUUUAAUUUCAUAUGUUCGUUACUUGAAAAUGUUUAUUCUUUUCGGUUCAUCAAUGUGGUUAUUAGCUAUGGGUUUAUUAAUUAAAUUUAGAGGUGGUGAUGAUAUUUCACAUUCUGGUAUUAUUGGAUCAUUAUGUCUUUUGGGGUUUGCAGCUGGGUUAUCAACUUAUACAGUUCAAUGUUCAAUUCAAACAUGUGUUAAUCAUCAACAUAUGGCUGGUGUUCUUGCAACAUAUUUAGCUUCAUAUAGUAUUGGUACAAGUGUUGGAUCAGCAGUUUCAGGUGGUCUUUGGACAAAUAUUUUACCAAAUGAAUUGAGUAAAAGAUUAGAUGAUCCAGAAUUAGUUGCAUUAGCUUAUGGUUCACCUUUUACAUUCAUUGCAACUUAUACAUGGGAUACAGUGGAAAGACAAGCUGUUGUUUUAGCUUAUAGACAUAUUCAAAAAAUCUUGUGUAUUGUUGGGACAUGUUUUUGUAUAUUAUUAAUUUUCUUUGCAUUGUUAUUAAGAGAUCAUAAAUUAACUAGUGUUGUUGCAAUUGAAGAUGUUGAAUUAAGUGAUAAGGAAAAAAGUGAUGAUGAAUCCAUUUUAGGAUGGUUUAAAAGAUUUAGAAAGUGA